AUGUUCGUCAAUUUAACCUCCAAAACCAUUUACCGCGAGGAGACUGGAUUUGAUGAAAACCUUAAGAUUGACAUCAAUUUUGCAGAGAUGGAGCUCAUUGCAGUCCUUAAGAAGUCAGAGGUAUCAUGGAUAUUCCAUGUCAACUAUUUUGGCAAGCCAUGGGCUUUGAAAGUUGCAAUUCUGAUUGAGUACCUUCCAAAUCCUCUUCCAAUGAACUCCAACACUUAUAGCAAGAAGUGUUUUGAGAAGGUCAAUAUUGGCAUUCAACAGAUUCAUUUGGCUUUGAUUCUGCAUAAUGAUCCUUAUUCAAAGAAUGUUUUGAUUGUUCCUGGUGAUCCUGAAAGGGAAGAGAAUCAAAGGGAUGGCCUGCCCCCAAAUUUCAAAAACUACUAGAACCAUGACUUGUUAUCCUGCACAUAGAUCCACCUGAAAAAGGGGUGAAAUUAUAGGAGCUGCCAGUCAUUAUUUGCCGCACUCAUACAUCUCAAGAUACCACAGUCCUAGAAGAAUAGCCAACUGUUCAGGUUCUUUUUUUCCCAUUGCAUAGACUGUGCAAGCUGGAGUCGGCCAUUUCCAUCAAGCUGCUUAAUGAGUAUCAAUUCAGUAUCUGUCAAGACAAAAUCAUACUGAGUGUUAUUUUGUUUCAUGUAAUAGUUGAUGUGUGACAAAACCUGGUAAAAUUCCC